AAAGCAGCUUCCCUCACUAUCUGGGGGCAGGCAGAGCCUCAGCCGUCCGGGAAGGUCGGGGCUGCGAUGGCGGGGGACAUGGAGACGGCGGGGGGCCAGGGGCGCCGCCUCUGACCCGGGCGCCCCCUUCUGCAGCCGGGUCGGGGAGCCACGGUGCCGCUGGCCACGUCGCCCUAGGUGACCUUCCUCGGAUGUGGACUUGCAUCCUUCCGCCAGGCCCUAGGCUGGGUACCACCCGCGAGAUGCCAGCCUGCAUCCGGGCCCGGCCCGCCUUUGUGUUUCUGUGACAGCGCGGAACCGCCGCCGGGAUCCUUCUCCGUGUCACCCAGGCUUCCAGCCGGCCUCUCUUUCCAGCUCCCAUGGGGACCACCGAAGCCACGCUGAGGAUGGAAAAUGUGGAUGUCAGGGAUGAGUGGCAGGAUGAGGAUCUGCCCAGACCGCUUCCUGAAGACACCGGGGCGGAGCUGCUGGGCGGCGCAAUGGAAGACUCCUCCUCCCCUCCCUCCGCCCUGAACCUGAGUGGAGCUCAUCGGAAGAGAAAGACCCUGGUGGCCCCCGAGAUCAACAUCUCCCUGGACCAGAGUGAGGGCUCCCUGCUGUCCGACGACUUCCUGGACACCCCAGAUGACCUGGACAUCAACGUGGAUGACAUCGAGACGCCGGACGAGACCGACUCACUGGAGUUCCUGGGGAACGGCAAUGACCUUGAGUGGGAAGACGACACUCCUGUGGCCACUGCCAAGAACAUGCCCGGGGACAGCGCGGAUCUGUUCGGGGACGGGGCGGAGGACGGCAGCGCGGCCAACGGUCGCCUGUGGCGGACUGUCAUCAUCGGGGAGCAGGAGCACCGCAUCGACCUGCACAUGAUCCGGCCGUACAUGAAGGUGGUUACCCACGGAGGCUACUACGGGGAAGGCCUCAACGCCAUCAUCGUCUUUGCCGCCUGCUUCCUCCCAGACAGCAGCUCCCCCGACUACCACUACAUCAUGGAGAAUCUCUUCCUGUACGUCAUCAGCAGUCUGGAACUGCUUGUCGCCGAGGACUACAUGAUUGUGUACCUGAACGGGGCCACGCCCCGGCGGAGGAUGCCCGGCAUUGGCUGGCUGAAGAAGUGUUACCACAUGAUUGACAGGAGGCUGCGGAAGAACCUGAAGUCUCUGAUCAUCGUGCAUCCCUCCUGGUUCAUCCGAACUGUGCUGGCCAUCUCCCGGCCCUUCAUCAGUGUCAAGUUCAUCAGCAAGAUCCAGUACGUGCACAGCCUGGAGGAGCUGGAGCGACUCAUCCCCAUGGAGCACGUGCAGCUGCCCGCGUGUGUUCUGCAGUAUGAAGAACAGAGACUCAGAGCCAAGGGAGAGAGUGCACGGCCGCCAACACAGCCCGAGUUCCUCAUUCCCAGACCCGACGGGAAACCAGAGACAGCGGAAGAAGGGGACGGCUCAGUGGAAGUGACAGAAGACCAGGAAACGAGCAUGUCCUGAUUUAACCAGGACCUAGAGAUGGACGGAGAUGAUUCUAGACACCAUGUAACCUCCAUCAGAGGCCUGUGGGCCGGACUUCAUCCUGCCUCAUACUGCGCCCAUCAUCCAAGGACACCUGGCUCCUUAGUCCUCUCUGAACCCCAGGUCCUUUCUCAAUGCUUGAGUACAUUUCACUGUUUCUACUUUAAGAAGGCGCUGGGAGCACAUUCUGGAAUGGACUGGGUCCUGAGCUUCUGGUUGGCAGAGCUGGACACGGGCAGUGUCACCCACAUAUCCUAUGUGACCUGGGCCUCCAGACCUCCAAAGCCCCAGGAAGUCUCUAACUGUCCCUGCUGGGAUGGCACAAAUGUGCAUUUUGGACUGACUCAGUUAAAGCCCCUUUGCUUACCUGUCGACGUCCCUAGCUGGAGCCUCGGAUGCCCAGUGGCCCUGGCUUUGACUUUCCUGUGGAAUGUGACCCAGUGUCCCCGUCCCUGUCACCCCAAGCAGGACUGUGACCUCCGACCUCACACCCACAUUGACGUCCUAUUCCGCAUUUGACUGUCUUCAGGGGUCUUCAGGCUGGUUGCACACACUGGUCAGACUCAUGGUUCCUCCCCCACAAUCUAGAACAUUUUAGAGCCCUUUAAGGUAGCUGUGACUCCGGGGAUUUUAACUGACAUCUCAUUUCAAGGCAGGGAUCUGUGUCUAGCUUUCUGUUCCCUGCCUGGACCACACUCAGGCUUUGUGUCACCAAGCAGGGGUCACUCUAGCCCAGUGAAUGAGGACAUACAGGACUGUGGGUGCCAGGAGAUCUGGGGGAUCCCCUAGGGAAACGUGUCCCACUGUGGGCACCUGACCUCCAAGCUGGGAUGGGAGAACAGUUUGGCCUGAUGAUUGGACUGUCAGGACUGUGUCCAGACACCACAGGAGUGUGAGGAAGAAGCCUCCUGUCUCCAGAGGCACUGAAGACCCGAUGACAUUUGUAAGGAAGGGUUCCCUAUGGUUCCCUCAAGUCCUGGCGGCGCACGCCUUUAAUCCCAGCACUUGGGAUGCAGAGGCAGGAGGAUUUCUGAGUUCAAGGACAGACUGAGACCCUGUCUGCGAAAAAAGAACACACAGGAUCAUUGGGCCUCACCGUCUCCAAGGAAUGGAACCCAUUCUGUCCACCACCACCCCCAUGAGGCAUUUGGCAUCUGUGACAAUGCCGCUUGUUCCUGAGCUUCUGGUGGCCCCGGGAGGUCAGCUUCUACCAGGAGAGUCAGUGUCUCUGAGCUCUGCUGACCAUAUCAAAGCCUCUACUCUGUGGCCCUGCAGGAGGAGUUGUUGUUCCGGGCACUGGCCUCAAUCUCCAGAUCCUCCUGCCUCAGCCUCCUGGGAGCUGGUCUGUCUGUAUGUGUCCUCAAGCCAGGUGAAGGCUUUGUAAGUUGUGUUUAUCCAACAUAAGAUAGAAGAGGGGAGCCCGGCAGUGGUGGUGCAGUCUUUAACCCCAGCACUAGGGAGGCAGAGGCAGGCGGAUCUCUGUGAGUUCGAGGUCACCCUGGUCUACAGAGUGAGUUCCAGGACAGCCUCCAAAGCCACAGAGAAACCCUGCCUGGAACACCCCCAAAAAAGACAGAAAGGGGAACCAAGAUAGCACCCCCAGAUCAUGAUCUGUGGAUGGUCUCUCUUGGCUUUUGGAAACAGAAUCCUAGAGGCUUUUCCUGCCAGGUGGCUUCUGGUGACACCCAAGGCCUAUGACACGAGGACAGCUGUGGCAAGGAUAGACAGGUGGACACACUCCUGCUGGCCCUCAAGGGUCUGGGAAACUCUAAUGGGGGUCGCCUGCUACACCGCCACCCCUCUGAGAUCACCAGCACCUAGCAGCCACAGGGAGGCAGGACCCAGAACCAUGACCACAGAGGACCUGAGACAGGAGGGAGACCCUGCACGGUUAAUGUCCCAGUCCACACAGGGCCAACACUUCAGGCACCCAGGGGACAGUCUGAGGCAAGGCGCAGAGCCCCAGGGCCUCGAGGUAAGGCCCGGGAUUUCUUUACGGAGAUGCCCAGGAGCUGUUUGAAAACUUGCCCCAGAGCAACAGUGCCCCAAACCCCCCAGUGACCUGUACAGUUAUAAACAUGGAGACAGCGGGGACGGUUGCUGUGAUGACAUGAGGGCCGACGGACGGGGAGGGGGGAGUUUUAUGUUAAAUAAAGAAAUUAUAAUGCA